UUUAGAUUAUUCCGCAUAUUUCAUUCCAGCUAAGGUUUUAAAUUUAACGACUUGAUACCAACUUCCUGUCAAACAAAAACAGAAAUGUUUUGGAAAAAAACUAGCAAAUCAUCUCAACACAAUGGAAACCCGGGCACAGACAGUAGGAAAGAUGGUCGUUUUACACCCGAUAAAGUCUUAUUGCAGAAAAUGUCAUUUGAUGUGUAUUUCCUUGGAAUGGUAGAGGAAGCAAAUAUGGGGAACUCUAUAAAACGUGACACAGAGGCUCAGUUAGUAGAUCAUGUCGAGGAGGCUCAGAUAGAAGGCAGGUUGCCAGUAUCAGUUAUAGAAGAAAACAGAGUGACAAUGUGUAUCUCUAGACAUGGAUUGAAAAUAGUUGAUCAAGGGAAACAGGAAGUAAAACAGAGACACUCUCUUCAAACAUUAGCACAAGUUAUACAGUAUGAAGAUGGAUCAGGGAAACCAAAUAUUGUUGUGAAAAUUGGACAGUUGCAAAUUCAACAUGGUGGAUUUCAGUGUUAUGUGUAUCAAUGCAAAACAGAUGAACAAGCUCAUGAAAUUUGUCAAUACAUACGAAAACUUUUUGAUGCUAUAUCCAAUAAAUCAUGACAAAUGUA